AUGCAGCAUGAGGUGGAGCGUGAUUCCCAGAACAGGUCCAACUAUGCGAUGUGUGCGGUGAACCCGAGUAGGAUUUCGAAGACGUUCAACGAUGCGGCGUUGAUGGAGGUUGUAGAUUCGAUUUCGCAUAAGAUGGGGUGUUUGAUCGAGAUUGUUUGCUUUAACGUUGAG